AUUUGGACAUGAUGACUUCUCCAGUGUUUGCCUUCUAUCUCACGUGUCUGUUCUUGGGGAAAACGGCUCAGAUGGCUGAUCUGAAAUCGCCGGCACCUAUUCCCCAAGAGAAAAGUUUUGUAUCAGCUCAUGUCGGCGACAAGGUGAAUUUGCGGUGUUUCUAUGGAAGUUUGACUAAGAGGCUUUACUGGUACAAGCAAAGUCUGGGACAGAAGCCAAGGCUCAUCUCUAGCUUCUAUAAACAUGAUGUCAAUAGCACGUUUCAUAAUGAAUUCAAGAGCGAUUCGCGCUUCACACUAGACACAGAAAAUGGUAAAAAUCACUUGACAAUCACAGAUUUACGCACAUCAGACUCAGCCACUUACUGCUGUGUUACUUAUUUAUACACAUUAGAAUUCUUGGAUAGCAUUAUUCUCAGUGUAGGGGGUUCAGGUUUGAACAUCCAGGCUUCGGUCCAUCAGUCCGGAUCUGAGACCAUCCAGCCAGGAGGCUCUGUGACUCUCAGCUGUACAGUACACACUGGGACCUGUGAUGGAGAACACAGUGUUUACUGGUUCAAAGACUCUGAAGAAUCUCAUCCAGGACUCAUUUACACUCAUGGAGACAGGGAUGAUCAGUGUGAGAGGAAACCUGAGACACAAACACAAACCUACAUCUACAACUUGCCGAUGCAGAGCCUGAAUCUUUCUCAUGCUGGGACCUACUACUGUGCUGUUGCCUCAUGUGGACACAUACUGUUUGGAGACGGGACCAAGCUGGACUUUGAGGAUAAGGUUGACUUGAUGUAUUUCCCGCAUGGAGCUUGGGUGUUCACCACCGUCCUGAGUGUUUUCCUGGCUUUCUCAUUGUGCAUGAUGGCCAAGAGAAACAGCUGUCGAUCUUCAGAGUCUCAACCAACAUUUACCGCUCCUUCCACAGCAAAUGCAGAGGGUUACCAACACGCAGUAAACCUCUAUUACGCUGCUUUAAGCAUUAAUCUGACCAACAGAUCAAGAAGACAGAGGGAUCAAACCUGGACUGAAUGUGUGUACCACAGCAUAAAGAAGUAGAACUGGACAAGUGAAUACCGUAAUACCCAUAAUGCAUGUUUAACAUUGUUUUUGUUUUUUUUGUGGUCUGAAGCAGGAUAUCUCACAUUCGCACAACGUUGCUUUGUUUCUUGCAAAUGAAAUGUAUCUAAUAUUAUAAGAGCAUUGUUGGUACAUAUGAAUGAAUGGUUUUUGUGAGUAAAUAUAAUCAGAUUACCUGAUACUAUAGAGGUAAUUUGUUGCUUUGAGGAUUGCAACUGUCUUGGGCUUUUUCUGUUUGUCCUCAUUGAUGUUCAACCACAUCAUGUAAAGUAUGGUUUUUUA